CUCAAUAAUCAGAAUGAUUAGAAUUUUUUCUUAUUCCCUGAGAUUUCCAUAUUGUCAUGGGAUCAGAUGCAGUGCAUUUUAUCACUCCAAAUCCGGGGUAUACGGGUUUAGGUCCCAAGAGCUAGAAUCUUCUGAAAAAUGGCAUUUGUCAGAGAAAGCUCUAGAGAACAGAAUUAAGAACCCAAAUGUCUAUCAAUUGGUACAAGCCUAUAGAAAAUAUGGUCACCUGAAAGCUGAUUUAGAUCCUCUUGGAUUGCAGCACAGAAAAGAGCCUGUAGAGUUAUCUGUAGAUAGAUAUGGUUUAUCCAGACAUUUGAAUGAUAAAAUUAGUACCGAAGGUAUUUUAUAUUCUGACCGACUAGAAUGCAGCAUUAGCGAUAUUGUACAGUUGCUACAAGAUGAAUAUUGUCAAGGAAUAACGGCAGAAUUUGACUAUUUACAGACAGAAGAAGAAAGAGAAUGGUUUGCUGAAAAUUUUGAGCAGAAGAAACAGACUUCUAUAACAGAUGAGAGGAAAAUUAAAAUAGCCAAACUUUUACUCAAAUCUCAGGCAUUUGAUGAGUUUUUAGGCAGUAAAUUUACCACUGUAAAAAGAUAUGGUGGAGAAGGUGGAGAAAGCAUGUUGGCUGCCUUUGAUGAAAUUUUCUCAGAAUGUGCUGGACAUAAUAUAUCGCACGUAGUGAUGUGUAUGCCACAUAGAGGUCGUUUAAAUUUUUUAUCAUGUAUGUUAAAUUUCCCUCCAGUAAUUAUGUUUCAAAAGAUGAAGGGUAAAAGUGAAUUUCCACCCAAUGUUAAAGGGACAGGAGAUGUGUUAUCUCAUUUAUACACCUCAGUUGAUUUAGAUUAUGGAGGUAAAAAUAUCCAUGUCUCAUUUCUACCCAACCCUUCACAUUUAGAGGCAAAUGACCCAGUAGCCGUUGGUAAAACUCGUGGUAAACAACAGCGAUACAAAACAGGAGAAUAUUCUACUAAUGAUGGUACUAGUUCUAGUCAAGAUGUACUCUGUUUACAAGUCCAUGGGGAUGCUGCCUUUAGUGCUCAGGGUAUUGUCUCAGAGACAAUGGUGAUAGCUGACUGUGCCCAUUUUACAGUGGGUGGUUCAAUACAUCUUAUAGUUAAUAAUCAAAUUGGUUUUACUACAGAACCUAGACUAGGCAGGUCCUCUCGAUAUAGCAGUGAUCUUGGUAAAAUAAAUUCUUAUCCUGUCAUACAUGUUAAUGGUGACAACCCAGAGGAUGUGAUUCAAGCGACAUGUUUAGCUAUGAAAUAUCGUAAUAAAUUUAAUAAAGAUGUGAUAAUAGAUUAUAUUUGUUAUCGUAAACACGGCCAUAAUGAACUAGAUGAUCCCUCCUUCACCAAUCCAUUGAUGUAUCAAGCUAUAACAUCAAGACAGAGUAUUCCUGAUAAAUAUUCUCAUAAAUUACUGAAUGAUGGUAUCUGUAAUAAAACAGAUUUAGAAGAGUCAGUAAAACAAUGGAAUAAUAAAUUACAGUCAGAUAUGACUCAAGUUGACUCUUAUGUCAUUAAACCAUACCAUCUACUAGAAGAUUGGAGUGGAAUGAAACAGGCUGGAGAUAAUAUUACUAGAUGGGAUACUGGUGUUGCCAUGGAAACAUUGAAAUUUAUUGGUGCCAAAUCUGUAGAAAUUCCUGAAAAUUGGAAAAGCCAUUCUACCAUUAAAAAAUUCCAUAUUGAACGUAGAAAACAGAAACUAGUGGACGGAAGAGAGUUAGAUUGGGCUACAGCUGAAUCAUUAGCCAUAGGAUCUCUGUUAUACCAAGGUUAUAAUGUACGUCUGUGUGGUCAAGAUGUGGGACGUGGUACAUUUAGUCACAGACAUGCUAUGAUUAUAGACCAGGGUAAUGAUGAUAUGGUUAUACCUUUAAAUCAUAUUACUGAUAAUCAGACAGCUUUCUUUGAGGUAGCUAACAGUGCGCUGUCAGAAGAAGCUGUUCUAGGUUUUGAGUAUGGAAUGAGUUUAGAGAGUCCUAAUAAUUUAUUGAUAUGGGAAGCCCAGUUUGGUGAUUUUUUUAAUGGUGCUCAGCCUAUUAUAGAUACUUAUAUAACUUCUGGUGAAACUAAAUGGUUGUUACAGAGUGGGCUAGUAAUGUUAUUACCACAUGGUAUGGAUGGGGCUGGUCCAGAACAUUCUAGCUGUAGGUUGGAACGCUUUCUACAGCUAACAGACAGUAAAGAAAAUGCAGUUGAUGGAGAUGAUGUCAAUAUUCAAGUUGUCUUUCCCACUACCCCAGCCCAAUAUUUUCAUCUACUACGAAGACAGAUGGUUAGAAACUACAGAAAGCCAUUGAUUAUAGCAGCACCAAAAGUUAUUUUACGCUUACCAGCAGCUUCCUCAAGUUUGAAUGAAAUGGCUUCAGGUACUGAAUUCCAUCCAGUGCUAGAUGAGGCCACAGUGGAUCCAGGCACUGUAGAUAAAGUGGUAUUUUGUAGUGGUAAACAUUAUUAUAAUCUUGUCAAAGAACGAGAAAGUCGUGUAAUCAAGAAUACAGUUUUUAUCAGAUUGGAGAGUUUGUGUCCUUUUCCUGUUGAAGAAAUUCAAAAUGAAUUGAAAAAAUAUUCUAAAGCAAAAGAAUUUGUAUGGAGUCAAGAAGAACAUAGAAAUAUGGGAGCAUGGUCAUUUGUGGCACCAAGGUUUGAGAAUGUUGUUGGCUGUAAGUUACGUUAUGCUGGUCGAGAUGUAUUGUGUACAUCAGCUGUUGGAAUUGGAGAAUUACAUCAAAAAGAAAUUUUGGAUAUUAUGGAUAAAACAUUCAGUUAA